GUUAUUGCUGCAACACUGGAAGAAACCUACAUACAGUCCAAGACGCCUCUUCUUUCCUCACGAUGGAAUGUCUAUUGCGUUGACAAGCCGAAGAGAAACUCCGCAACCUUGGAUCGCUGUGCAAUGGAAAAUUAGGACCUGAAAUUGCGCAGAGGAUUGCACCUGUGCUUACACUGCAGCAAACUCGGCCCGAUCUAGAAAGGCCAUUUUUUUUUCUUCUGCAGGGAUAUCCAGUUCCCUUGAUUUCAUUGUGACUCUUCUUAAAGGAGAUGAAAAAAGAUACUGAUUGCUGCCUCGUGACACUGUAUCCACUGAUCAAGCGUGGUAUCCGUUCUCCUUACUUCUUCCGCACCGGAGGUUUGACGAUGUGCUGAAAUGAUCAUGAUCCAGCGCAGAUUCAGUUUGCUGUAAUUUGCACUCUGGAAGUGGUCUCGGGUAGUGCAGCACCCGCGAGAGAUUGUCUGAUCUUGUUGGCCAGAUGACGUUUCCACCUCCUAAUACUGGCCAAUGGACGUCCGGCUUAUGCGACUGCUUUGAGGACUGUAACUCGUGUUGUUUGGGCAUGUUUUGUCCAUGUGUGCUGUUUGGACGAAUUGCCAACAUUGUAGACCAAGGCGCGAUAUCUUGUCUGGGAGCGGGAACUGUGUUCUGCUGUCUGACAAACUGUACAGCAUGUGGAUUUCUCCACACUUGUACAUACCGAGCACGAAUGCGGCAGAAGUUCGGGUUACCAGAAAAACCUUGCGUUGAUUGUUGCAGCGACUACUUUUGUUUGAGAUGCUCUACUUGCCAACUUUAUCGGGAGCUACUCAACCGUAGAAUUGAUCCUUCCCAUGGAUACAUGGGUGUGAGGGAUGUCUACGACCAGUUGCAACCAAGGACGCGUGCACCCACACCUCAGCAGGUGGUUGGAAUCUCAGCACCUGCAGGACAAUUCAUGACCACCUCUGGAUUCUAAACCACAAAGAUGUGUAAAUGGAUUUAUCACGUGCCCAGUUUGCAAGGAUUGACACAAUGUCAUCUGGUUUCCUGAGUAUAAAGUUGGCAACAGGCCUUUCUCAUUAGCAGUUCUACCUGAAUUUUGACCUUAUCAUGAUCAUCAUUCACAUACAUACAGGUAUUAAGUAGCUAGGAUCCGAGUCAGAAAUACAAAGAUGCAUAACACUAUUUUUGGGUUGAAGCGAGAGGCAAGAUGUAACUCAGCAGAUAGGAAAUCUUGGACAAUAAAGCGAAAUUAUCUCUACUCUUGAAAGUGGCUCCAGGCCCUAGUAAGAUCGAUAUCUAUGCAUGAGCGCGUCAAUCAACAUCCUAACUUUGGUUUUUGCGGUAAUGCCAAUACAGAUAUGAAGUCACAGUAAAAAUAUUAGCAGCAACUGCUCAUCUUCAGCACUCGUAUAGAAAACCUCACAUCACUAUCCGGCCUUGAGGCUCUGUUCAAAGCAGAUUGAGUUUUAACCGAAGUCAAAGAUGUAUUACAGAUUCAUGUACAAUGUCGUCUUAUCAUUAAUGUCUUGUCCGGUCAAGCCCACGCAAUCCGCAGUAAUUAGCAAAAGUUAGCAACAAACGCUGGACUUUGAACUUGUGACAUUGCAUCUAAGGAGAUCUUGCUGAAGACCAAGAACACCUGAACCGACGGCACAAUACCUUUGGAGAUGAGUGGUUCAUAAACAUCAUAAUGUACCAUUCAUUUUUUACCAUGCUUGGAUUAAGCACUCUGCC